CAUGUCUCACACAUUCAAACACUAUGAACUGAAAAAAAUGUUACCAACACACCAUCAAAUUAAUGUUUCCAACUAGCAUGCGAGACUUGCUUGACACCAACUUCUCAAAUAACAAGCCAAGCUCCUAUUUAUAUAACCCCAUAACUCUUAAUUGCAUAAGUAAGAAAUCUAUAUUAAAAUUCAAGAACUUGUAUUGAAGAAAACUCACAAAGAUGACACAAGGUAAGUUGAAUGGUAGUUCCAAGGAGCAUGCUGCAUGCACUAGGCGUGUUCCUACGCCAGGGGUAGCAACAAUACUUGCAAUAGGGAAGGCAUUCCCAAGCCAAAUCAUCCCUCAAGAAUGCUUAGUGGAAGGUUAUAUUCGUGACACAAAGUGUGAGGAUUCAUAUAUUAAGGAGAAGUUGGAGCGUCUAUGUAAAAACACUACUGUGAAGACAAGAUACACAGUGAUGUCAAAGGAGAUUCUAGACAAAUACCCUGAGUUGGCCACAGAGGGCUCAGCAACCAUAAAGCAAAAGCUGGAAAUAGCAAAUCCGGCCGUUGUAGAGAUGGCUACCAAUGCCAGCCUUGCCUGCAUCAAGGAAUGGGGAAGGCCUGCACAAGACAUCACUCACAUAGUCUACGUCUCGUCCAGUGAAAUUCGGUUGCCGGGAGGAGACCUCUAUCUGGCCAAUGAGCUUGGCUUGAGGAGCGAUGUCAGUCGAGUAAUGCUCUACUUUCUUGGCUGCUACGGCGGAGUCACUGGCCUAAGAGUCGCUAAGGACAUAGCGGAAAAUAAUCUUGGUAGCAGGGUUCUACUCACAACAUCUGAGACUACUAUACUUGGCUUCAGACCCCCCAACAAAUCUAGGCCUUAUGAUCUCGUUGGGGCUGCGCUUUUUGGCGAUGGAGCAGCCGCAGUUAUAAUUGGAGCCAACCCUGUUUUGGGACAAGAAUCUCCCUUCAUGGAGCUCAACUAUGCUGUCCAAAAAUUCGUGCCGGAGACACACACUGUGAUUGAUGGUAGGCUCUCUGAGGAGGGUAUAAACUUCAAACUCGGACGAGACCUUCCUCAGAAAAUCGAAGACAACAUCGAGGAGUUCUGCAAGAAGCUCAUGGCUAAGAGCAACAUCAAGGAUUUCAAUGAGCUAUUCUGGGCUGUUCAUCCCGGGGGACCUGCAAUCCUCAACAAACUAGAGAGUACACUCAAAUUGAGCAGUGAGAAGCUUGAUUGUAGUAGAAAGGCACUAAUGGAUUAUGGGAAUGUUAGUAGCAACACCAUAUUCUAUGUGAUGGAGUACAUGAGAGAGUACUUGAAAGAAGGAAGGGAGGAAUGGGGUCUCGGAUUGGCGUUCGGUCCGGGAAUUACUUUCGAAGGAAUUCUCCUACGUAGUCUGUAAUCUUACAGCUCCAGGUCUUGGAGAUUUAAGCUUCUCUACCUAACCUUUUCUUUACCAGAACAAAAUUUAAUCUUAAACAAGCAUUUGUCUUCAUAUAGCAAUUGGAAGAUGUACUAAGUGGUGUUCUGUUAUGGUGGUUUAAGAUGUUUUUCUAACAAUAAAGUAUGAUGUAGUAAAUUACUAUAUGAACAUCAAGACCAAAAGUUAUUUGGUUGGUAUAGCCUUUGGAUUUUGGGUGAAAUGCAAUGAAUUGCCAAAAGAACCCUAUGAAUGCAAUACUUUUUUUUUUUGGGUAAACUACCAAAAUCGCACCCUAUUUUUGGAAAUGCUAACCAAAAUAUUUUGAAGACAUUUUUGUGGUUAACAAAAGUAAGAUCAGCAUAUUAAAAAUCGGGGUCAAUUUUGGUAGUUAAUUCACAUCGAUGCCAAUGAAAUUUGAACCUCAUAAUAUUAUGCAUACCCCUCAACCUUCACUGAAAUAAAUGGCUACGGUUCUCAGAAUUGGAGUAAUCAGAUUUCUAG